AUGGAUCCGUUCAGCAUAACAGUCGGGGCUAUGGGACUCAUAACAGUCUUCAAAGAAGUCUAUCUCCUCUCACGAUGUAUCUAUCGAGCCUGUGAAUCAGCAAGAGCGAGCGAUGAGGAGCGUGAGAAGUUGAGACACGAUUUACGAUAUGAUUUGCUUCGCAUACGAUCAUUUGGGCGACAUUACUUGAAGAACAAAGAUGUGCUUGGUUCCCAUGGGCUUGAUAAUCAUUGGGCUUCGAUGAUCUACGAUAUACUAGAGGAACUCCGAAAGUCUCUGGAUGAUUAUAGAAAGUUGGACGACCCAUACUACCUGCAAUAUUCGCCAUACGUUAACGACAGCAUGUAUGGUACCCCCAACAUUGAAUUUCCUCUGGACGACCAAAACGAUCCGAUUCCGCCAGUAAAAUUACCAGCCAAGAAGCUAUCAUUCAACACUUUCUUCAGUCGAACAAGGGAAACCACUAAGUUAGCAGUAAAAUCAGCAAAAUGGGCACUUUACGACAAGAAGCGACUCGAGUCCACGAUCAGUAAUUUUCGGCGGGAGACAGAAAAGUUGACGGGUCUCUUACCUCUCGCUCAAUCUGCACAGGUCUCCAGGAUUGAUAACAAGAUCGAUGCACUUACAGCGACAAUCAACGACCGUGAUGCUCAAAUUUUGGGACUGGUUCCCCACGCGAAACUUAUGGAAUUUAACGAACAAAAUGAGGAUGAUUACACAGAUGAAAACGAAAUGAAGCAAUGCAAAGUCAAGACUACUUCAGAUGACAACGAACUGAGUGCAGGAACUAUUGAGUUGAACCACGAAGGAGGUAAUACUGCUGAACAAGAGUCGGUUCUGAUUGAGCUCAAAUAUUACCCACCCUUGGAGGAGAAUUACAAUGCCACGCCAAAUAAUCCUGAUGCUGAUACCAAAACAAAUGUUCGACGACUGGCAGGGCUCCUGAGUAUAUCGUCCACAGGAUCGGAAUUGCGAACUCUCCCUUUCAAAUUUUACGUUCAUGAGCCAGAUCAAGAGCGAUAUGCCUUUGUAUUUGGCUACCCCUUGCAUGCGCUCCAAUCUCAGCCAAUAUCUCUCCACGAACUCAUCAAAACAUCAACACAAGAUCAACGAUUUCCACUAGCCAUUCGAUUUCAAGUAGCCGAAAUGAUUGCGAAAAGCAUUGGGGUAUUUCAUGCUGAUGGCUGGGUUCACAAAAGUGUGUGUAGUCGGUCCGUCGUAUUCUUCAAACAACGAUCAAAGGAAAGCCUUAUGCUCAGGUCUCCGUACCUUGUGGAUUUUGGUUACUCACGCCCAGAAGAAGGAAAGACUUAUGCACGCUAUCAACAAACAACUAAUAGCGAUGCUCUUUACCUUCAUCCUGACCGCCCUCGUAUGACUUUUACCAAACUUCAUGAUAUAUAUGCUCUGGGAGUAGUUCUUCUCGAGAUUGCAACAUGGAAGACCGCAAAGGAUCAUUUUGACUCUGCAUUAAAGGGUCUCGAUCUUGAUGUCACGACUAUUGAUAAAGAAGAGGUCAGAGAAAAAUUCCUAAGUAUUGCUAAGAAGAGUAUCCCUUAUCAUAUGGGAACUACCUAUAUGGAAGCUGUCAUUUCUUGCUUGGAUGAUACGUAUAGAGGUCAUACGGCUUCCUCGACAUUUCUGGAGACAUUUCAAACCGAGAUUAUUGAAAAGUUGAGUGCGAAGCAAUUAUCGUCUCGCUGA